AUGGGCGUUGCCGCUGGUGGUGUUAACGAUGCCGGGGAAAAGGAGGGGCAUCGGCGCAUGCCAAUCAUUCGCGCGUCGUCAACGGCAUGGCCAAACAGAAGACAUUUGCAAGAGAAUGUACGGAGGGAACGUCCUUCUUAUGGGGAAAAUGGAGCGCAAAAAAAACAUAUUUGUAACAGUCUUUCUCCUCUUAAGCAGCAGCAUAGGUUUCGGCGGUACCAGUGCACAUACCCUUUCACGUCUCAUUUAAACAAUUGCCAGAGUUCGAGUGCGACAUCUUUAUCCGGUUCCAAUCUAUCGACUUUGAAAGAGCAUCUCCCUGCCAGUAAUAGUAAACAUAAUCUUAAGGCAUUGUAUAUAUCAGAGUCGCCCAUUCUCUCUAAAAGUAGCGAAUGCAUGGAGGAUCUCUCUCGGACGGAGGAAGCUCAAUCCAGUCCUGUGCAGCAUCAUUAUUCUGGCGUCUCCUUUCCCAAGUUUGCUUCAUUACAGAGCAUCGGUGUCACUUGUGAGGUGGCAGCAAACUCUGCGGAGCGCAAUGUGGACGAGGAGAAGGAGGGAAAAAAUGGCAAAGAGGGCAGCGUUUUUGGUGAGGUCAUUACGAACGAAUUACUGCGGAAAUGGACCGGUUUUGAGGAUUUUUUCUCGUUAUCAAUUGCCGAGUUUCGUCUGGACACAAGGACUCUCACUGGCGUGGACACAAUUAGCGAACGAAUGCCUCAUAUUCAGUCGCUUAAGUUGAAUAAUUCUUACAUACCGCAUGUUCGAAUGCUUGGGACAAAAUUUAUGAAAUUGAAGCGACUUUGGAUUGGUAGUUCCCAAGUAGAGACUCUGCGCGGCAUUGGUGCCUGCGCCCCUGCUCUAGAGGAGUUGUACGCCUCAUUCAACUCCGUGCACGACAUUACACCCCUUUUGGAUUUAAGUGAAACACUAGAAGUGGUAGAUUUGGAAGGAAAUGAUAUUCGAGAUGCAUCUUCCCUCAUACAUUCUCUAAAACUCUUACGAAAGGUAAAAUACCUAACACUACAGGGAAAUCCCGUGACUAUGGACCCACUUGCUUUGGUGUCAUCGAUGGAUGUUAAGGACAAAGAAUUUGCCACGAGUUCUUUUCGGGAAAUAGUGCAAACUCUCAUGCCUGAUCUUCAGUACUUGGACGACAUGCCUGUUACGUUGAAUGGGGGCCCUGAAGUCACAGAAGCUUCCGUGAAUUCAAGUUUUGGCGGGAAUUCAAGGCGGAGCUGUACCCACUUUGACCCACUGAACGUCUCCUUGUCCGAUGAGUAUAUGUUUCUUCAGCAAUGCAUACGGGAAUGUGGGUUUGACGAACUGGAAGCUGCGGUCGUUGAGGCCACACGAGGAGUAUACACGCGGCCCCAGACUUCUUGUGGGAAAACACGACCUCAAUGCUCCGCUUCGGCCAGUUUACAGGGGUCUCAACGUCCCCACAGCUCCUCCCACACGGUGGAUCGCCUAUUAACUAGCCUCCACUCUAAUAUCAGUUCUGGAGGUCGUUGGCCUCCAUUUGUUGGUGGGGGUCAAAUCAAUCCGUCACCUCCCACAUUAUCCCUGAGGACGGAUCGCGCGGUAAAGGGUGGUGCCCUUCGUUUUUGCCGUCGACUUCCUCCGUUGCAGGCGACGACGGCGGCAAAUGUCCAGGUUGAUAGUUACCACAGUGAUAACAACCAAAUUGAUACCAGUGGAAGUAGAGACAGAAACAAUGGCUAUUGCACUUCUGGUGCAAAUGUUUUGCCUUCUUCUUCACCAGCAGCCGGAGUAUCAGCCAAAACAAGAGGAAAAGAGAUGGAACCAUGCUUAUUGGAUGAAAUCCCAGACUUCUGUUCCUUAUCGCCUGUGCAUGUGGAGGAUGCCAUUGACACCCCACUCUUUGACGAAGCUGACGAUGAGUGGGAUAUUUAUAAGAAGAAUUUGUUGCGCCGAAUGGAUUCAAGAGGGUCCACCAUGCAGCGUUGGUCCAAAUACAUGGGCAGUGAGAGCGCUAUGUCUUCCCAUGGAGGCCAUGAGAGCCGUGGCUUGUCAGCCAUUUCGCCCUUGGUCUUAUCCCGAACACCUUCGGCGUGCAGCGGUCCUCCUUUUCUUCAGACUCCACAGGAAGAGCAAGAAACAGUUGUGGCGGUAGAAACAGAGCAUGAGGACGUAAUAAACACCCGGCUGAUAGCCGACAGCAAAUUAAACGAGGAGGAAGAAAAUGCAUGGCAACAAGAACUAAUGCGCUCGGUCGCACGAUCGCGGACAAGAACGGCUCGUGCGGCUUCUGACAAGGAGCGCCUGCGAUUUAGUGGUGAAUGUACUCCCGAGGAUGUUCAAUUGGAGACAUUUAAGGUUCUGGAGGGUAAUGAUAUAACACCUCCUAGUGAAUAG